CCCUGCCCCGUGUACUUUCACCACCUUCCGCACCGCAGAAAGAAUGUUUUCACAGAAAGACGGCCUGUUUGCGCAUAGGGGAACAGUUUAUCCUGUUUCAGACCAAUUUCAGCUCACUCCGGAAUACAUCGACGGCUUGGAACACUUUGAGAUCAGAGACAGUGACGUCUUCCUCAUCACUUUUCCAAAAUCAGGUACAGUUUGGACCCAGCGCAUUGUUACCUCGUUGUACGAAGAGGAUCUUCCGGACAGCGCGAACCUAUGUACAUACGAGCAAAUGCCCUGGUUGGAGUUCUUGCCGAAAAGUUUCCCCAGCACCACAUUCAUCGAACGGCCAUCGCCCAGGCUGUUCUGCUCCCAUCUGCAGGAGCACCUGGCCCCCAGAGGCCUGAAGGAGAAGAAGGCCAAAGUCAUCUAUGUUUUCCGGAACCCCAAGGACACCCUUGUCUCCUACUUUCAUUUUGCAAAAUUCGAGUUCCUAAUGAAGCUGGAAAGAAACAUGGACAAAACACUGGACCAUUUCCUUUCUGGUCAGAUGGUUGGUGGUUGCUGGUUUGACCACGUCAAGGGAUGGUACAACAACAGAGACAAGUACAACAUCCUCUUUCUAAGCUAUGAAGAGAUGAUCGAGGAUCUCAGAUCUGUUGUUGUGAAGAUCAGUGAGUUUUUGGGGAAAAAUGCGUCUUGUGCAACAAUCGAUAAAACGGUGGAAAGAGCAACCUUUAAGAACAUGAAGAUCGAUCCUCUUGCAAACUAUGAGCUGCUGUCAAACAAAAUAAAUGUAAAAGAGAGGGUACAUUUUCUACGUAAAGGUACAAUUGGGGACUGGAAGAACAACCUUACGGUGGCUCAGAGUGAACACUUUGACAAAGUCUUCCAGGAGAGGAUGAAGGACUUCCCUCUGACCUUCGUCUGGGACAUCAGUGAGCUCCAGUCUGGGGCUGCAGUGUAGUCUUGUAACAUCAGUGUUAACCUACAAAUAACAGGGCACCUAAAGGACCUUCUACAUCUUCCUGCAUGAACAGAACUGUGCUGAAGAAUUAUCAUAAAUGAUAAAGUGCUCGGUGGG